UUGCUCUUUGGCGAAUUCACGCAUUCAAGACUGGCCAUAAAAAUCACGAAAUCCUCUAAACUGUCGAAACCUGGUUCUUCAACUUGACCUUUCGAUCCCCAGGUUUGAGGUCACUUAGGCCUGGAAUAAAGAUAGGCCAAUGGGAUAGGCCAGUGAACAAAACCUGGAGCAAGAGGGCUAAGAGAUGCUAAGAGGGAUCCUGGACCAGAGGGAUUCUUGGUUCCGCACCUCAGCCUUUGGGCUCUUGCGUUGUGCUCUUCGGGGAGAGAAGACGCGCCGACCUUGCAGAAGAGAAGACGCGCAUCCGACUGGUGAGAACGCAUCCAACUCGCAAAGCAACGAGAGAUGUCGACCGCCCUUUUGGAGGAAGAUGAGUUCGCGGGCAGAGACUCCAUGGGAUUACGAGUGGUCUCAGAGAAGACUGAAACUGAAGAGCAGGCCUUCAAGAAGUACCUGAAGCUUUUGUUUGUUUUUGUACCAAUCCUUGGUCUUUCAUUGGCUAUUGCCACCUAUGUGACUGCCAAGUAUGUGGGCGGCGAGACCAUCAUGCAGGUCAAGUUCCACUUCCUCCGCCAGUACCAGCUGGGCUAUGUCUUCCUAGCUGCCUGGCUCAUCGGUCUGGCCCGUGCUGCUGUGGCUCUUUUGGCCAACUCCGCACGCGCGGCAGCGAGACUGGAUCGCCCGGACCAGCAUGUCUACAAAAUCAUGGAUGCUUCAGGAUCUCUGAAGAGUGCGCCUUAUGUGCUCAUGGCCACCACCGGGGCCGUGGGACGCUUCAAUCGGACGCAGCGAGCGGCCUACAACAUGGACGAAUCUUUGCCCUGCUUUCUGGUGAACACUCUUCUGGCGAGCAGUGUCUUUGGACCCGUGACUCUCUUGCCCUUGCUCCUCUACUGCUAUGGACGCUUGAGCUUCACAGUGAAGUACAAGAAGUCCCUGAAAGAACGUGGAGCAGGCUUUUUGCCUUCCAUGAUCGGAGAGAAAUGGAUUGAAGGCUUGGUCCUUCUAUCGGCCAUCAAGAGUCUCACAGGUCUAUGAGUCUCACAGGUCUAAAGAUCCCCGGCCUGGAUCGACUGGCUAAAGAUCCCCACAAGAAGAGAUGGCGGGCCCGGCAUUUGGCAGGGUUUCGAUUAGGAAGUCUGAGAGGGACAGAAAUGUGCUGCAUCGACAGGAUCAGCCGCUUUACACGCACUUUUGGGUGAUCGAUUGGCUCAAAGAGCCCAAUUUUAAGGCAUUUUCUUGCGGAUGGGCUCAGUUUUGUGUGCAGGAAAUGCUGACUCUGCAGAAGAAUG